CCCUUAUCUUACGUUCAUAUAAAUAAAAACAAGGGAAGUUACGCUCAGUAGUCAGUUGGCAGUCAAAAUGGGCGUCAUAGCUAUUCUCGCCCUUUGUGCUGCGGUGGUGGCAGCUGUGCCGACCAACCAAAGGAUAGUGGGUGGUUCUGUAACCACUAUAGAGCAAUACCCCUCGAUCGUCGCCCUGCUGGAUUCCUUUGACCUGAUCAACUUUACUCAGGGUUGUGGUGGUACCAUCCUCAAUAAUAGAUCAGUCCUGACUGCAGCUCAUUGCGUACGUGCCAACAAUAUGCACAGAUGGCGCAUCCGUGCAGGGUCUACCUACGCCAACAGCGGUGGAACUAUUUACAUUAUUCAGGAAGUUUUCACUCAUCCUGAAUACAAUCUCGCCGCCUUUGUAGAUUUUGAUUUCUCUAUCGUCCGUUCAGCCACGGUCUUCGCGUUCAGUGACAAAGUUAGGCCCGUGGCUAUUGCUGGUCCUAAUUAUAAUUUGGAAGAUAAUGAGCCUGUCUAUGCUGCGGGUUGGGGAUUUAUUACGGAGGAAGGACCCAGUUCAGAGCAACUCCGUCAUGUACAAGUUUACACCAUCAACCAGAUGGCUUGUCGUCUUCGCAUGUAUGGUUCGGUGAUCACUGAUAAUAUGCUGUGCACCGGGAUCUUGGAUGUUGGGGGGAAGGACCAAUGUUACAGAGACUCCGGUGGCCCAGUAUACCACCACGGUGUCCUCGUGGGAGUCUGCUCCUUUGGUAUGGGCUGUGCCAGACCCCAGUACCCUGGGGUCAAUGCUCGCGUCUCCUCAGCAGCUAACUGGAUUGUAGCUAAUGCUUGAUUUUGAAGGAGGUGUGAAAUUAAAUGUAGAUGCCUAGUAAA